AGCCUGCAAUAAGACAGAUAAAGAUUCAUGGAAGCUGGCUUAUAGGAGCGGAAAAGGUGUGUCCAAUAAAUCUUUUACUUUGGAUACUGCAGACAUUUGGUUCCAAAGUUCAAGGGUAAAAACAUACAGGAGCUACGCAGAGUGGAGAACCAGAGCAGGACAAGAAAGAAGAAGUGUGGGACCGAGCACUUGGGGAAAUUUAAGAAGAAAAUUAUCUACCGCUGUAAUUUACAGAGACAAGACUGAGGAUGGCAGAAAGCACAAGUCCAAAAAGCACUUCUGGUGACUUUGCAAAAAAAGUCCAAAGACAGCUGAGCAGAGGCAAAGAAAAGGUUCUACAGAGGCUGGGGAAGUCAAUAGAAACCAGAGAUGAUCACUUUGAGCAAUUACUCCAAAUUUUUUAUGAUCAACAGACUGAUGGUAACCGGAUAUAUAAGGACUUAAGGAACUAUGUUAAUGCAGUGAGAGACAUGCGUGAAGCUUCCAGGCGUCUUUCUCAAUCUUUAUUUGACGUUUAUGAAUCCGACUGGGUUGGGGAAGAGGAUUUGGGAGCCAUUGUGGAGGGAGAGGAUCUCCUGUGGAAUGACUUCGAGGUGAAGCUGCUCGAUCAGGCCGUGCGCACCAUGGAGUGCUAUGUGAGCCAGUUCCCGGAUGUCAAGGAGAAAGUGGCAAAGAGGGGAAGGAAACUGGUUGAUUACGACUCCUCCCUUCACCACCUGGAGGCCCUGCAGACGGCUAAGAAGAAAGAUGACGUCAAGAUCAACAAGGCAAAAGAAGACAUGAAAGCUGCCAAACUUGUCUAUGACGGCAUCAACAGUGAGCUGAAGGAGGAGCUGCCCACUCUUUACGACAGCCGUGUCGGAUGCUAUGUAACCGUCUUCUCAGCUCUGUCAAAUUUACGAGACAUCUUCUAUAAGGAACUUACCACGCUCAAUCUGGGUUUACAGAAUGUGGUCAAGGAGCUCCAGGCUCAGCAUCCAGACAAAGGGUUUGCUCUGAGAGGGAUGCAGAAGUAUGGCUCACUGAAAAGACGGUCUCUGAUGUCCCCCAAGGCUUGGAAAGCCAGUUUUUCUGAGUAUCAUAAAAACUACAACCCCAUAACUAUGCAGAGGCACAGCUUUAGGUCUCCGGACAAACCUCGCUCCGGCACUCUGUCCAGAGAGAGCAGCCUCCUUGGAGUCUCCUCUUCAUCACCAGACAAAACCCUGUCUGAGUCCAGGGAGCUGGACGCGGAGUCCUGCCACAGCCAGAAGCACAACACCGAAGAUCUUGCAACAGGGAGGCCGGAAAACAACCCGAAGCUCGGCGAGGCCGAAAGUCAGGCCAAAGAUGAGAAGGACUUGAAAGAGUCGAAUCAAAAAGAAGCUCCACCGAGUGACAGCAGCUCUGAACUUAACAACACGUGCGAUUCGGAGAGCUUGGAGCUCCAGCUGUCUGCAGCCGCCGACGGGCAGCUGCACAUCGAGGAGGAAGACGAGAGCCCCGUGACCUCUGACGCCCCGAAACCAAACGGACUAGAGAAUGGUGCUGUGAGCGGCGCUGACACAACAGACCUGAGCAUUCCUCACAAGGAGGCUUCUGCAGAAAAACAAGUGGACUCUAAAAGCACAGACGUAUAAGAAUGCCUGAAAUGAUCAGCACACAGAGACUGACGGCGACAGCUGCUGGAGAGAAAAGAAUGUGAGCCCAGCCCCACUCACGACGGUGGACUCAAGACUGCUGCUGUCUGCUUUCUCAUUUAUCUGUUAAUGAAAUCACCUCCGUUCACUGUUUUUAAGGAAAUCAGUUUGUAUUUUUAUAGCAAGAUGGAUUAACUUAGUAGGUUAUUCAGUCAAUAAAUUUUGAAUGGGUUUACACUGUUAAGAACUGGCGUCAACAAGCUACUGUACACUGGUAUGUUGCGUUGACGUCCUCAGCUACACUCCAGUUUAACUUUUUUCCAUUUGUCUUCUAUUUUUAACUUAAUUUUAUUAUAUUUUUUCCAACGUUUUGGGGCAAAAAAGGGGAAGCUAAAUGUGUUUGAUGUGUUCUUUGAUCAAAUAGUGAAGAUUCAACACUAAUAGGAAAAAAACUAACAAUCAAAUUUGAACUUAAUUUGAAUUUUGUCUAUGUAAUGAAAUCUGUGUAUAAUAAGCAAUUAAAAAUGCUUUAGUUGAA